AUGCUGCCAUCUCGUUGGCUGCGCGUACCACAUACGAAAUGCCUUUACUCCGUCCUGGGCGUCGCUGAGACCGCGAGCGCUGACGAGAUCAAACGUGCAUUCAAGGAGCGGGCAAAGAUCACCCACCCGGAUGUCGUGAAGGGGAAGGACUCGCAUUUUCGAGAAAUGGUCGACGCCUAUCGUGUCUUGCGGGACCCGCGGAAACGGGCCGAGUAUGACAUACAAGUGCAGCGCGACCGGCGGAGCGGUCCCGACUUUGACACGUGGCCCCGUGGAGAAGGUCAAGGCUUGUCAGAGGCAGCACGCGCCAAGCUGUACAACUACCCAAUGGGUGGAGGCCGUGAGUGGACGUACCAACGCCAAGACCCGAAAGACCCCAAAUAUGGGCAAGGGCCUCAAGUGAUGCAGACCGCUAUGCCUGGGGACCGGAUUCCAUUGGUGAUUAUGGCUUUCUUCGGCACAUUCUACGCCAUCAAGCACUACAUGGCCAAUGACCCCACGAAGCUCAAGGACUUGGAUCCGUAUCCCUCUCGCCUGCCGGCCAAAGAGAGGGCUAAGGAAGCGGAACGAAGCCGCGCCAAGGCCCAAGGUCACUCCAUGGAGGAGUCACUGGAGCUGGGGAUGUCGAGGGCAGCAGCCUAUGACAAAGCUGCGGCGAUCGCGGAUGAGACCGACAAGAAAGUAUGGGCCUACUACAACCCCUUCUUGACGGUUUGGCAUCGCAUCCCCGACGGCUUCGAGCCACCCGCAUCCAUGGACUUGACGGCGUGGCAUAAGAAGCGCUCGGAUCCCACGGAAUGGAGCAGACUCUUUGCGGAGGGCAAGCUGGCGGAGAUCAUCCCACGCGGCGGAUUGAAAGUACGCCUGAUCCCCGCAUGGGAUACACAUGAGCCGAUCUUGCUGAAGGACCCGAUCACGCAAAAGACCGUCCACGUGACUGAGAAGGUCCUAAAGUCCCGCACGAAGCAGCCAGAAGUGUGUGAGGUGCGCUUCUGA